CAGACAACCGCAACCAUGUCUUUAACCGGAAAAGUCGGGAUCGUCACGGGAGGAGCCCGCGGAAUUGGGAAAGGCAUUGUCCUGACCUUGGCGAAACAAGGUGCAAAGGUCGCUUUCACCUACGUAUCGCAGUCGUCAGAAGCACACGCAAAAGAUCUUAUCCGCCAAGUCGAGUCCCUCGGCUCUUCAGCCCACGCAAUCCACGCUGACGCUGCGUCUCUCUCCUCGCCCAAGAAAGUCAUCGAGUCUACUCUUGCCGCAUUCAACGUCACCUACCUCGAUAUCCUUGUAAAUAAUGCAGGACUCGGAUCUGCAGGUACACGAAUCGAAGAAAUCACGUCUGAGGAGUUCGAAAGAAUAAUGGGAGUGAAUGUUCGCGCUGUUAUAUUCAUGACACAAGCGUUCGUUCCCUACGUUCGACCGGGCGGACGUAUUGUCAACUUGUCGUCUAUUUCUGCCCGAGGCGGUUUUGCUACACAGUCAACGUACUCAGCCUCCAAGGCUGCGGUUGAAGCUCUGACCCGGUGUUUGGCAACAGAACUGGGUCAUAAAUACAACGUUACUGUCAACGCGGUCAAUCCUGGGCCCGUAGACACGGAUAUGUACAGAGCAGCCGGAGAAACACACCUUGCUCGUAUGAAUCAGCAGAACAAGAAGACACCGGCGGCCCCCCGAGCAGGUACUGAGAACGAUGUUGCAGAGAUCAUCGGAUUUCUUUGCGAGGAACGAUCGAGGUGGAUUACUGGAGAUAUUGUUUGUGCUAAUGGCGGUAUGAUAUAUAUUUGA